AUACAGGGUCCAGAUCUAAUCCCAUCCGCAUAACUCGAAAUCCGACUUGGCUUUCUUCUAGGGUUUCGAUAUUCUAGACGGCCAUCUCCCACCGCCUCCAAGAACCCUCAGAAGUUGAUACAAGGCGCGAAGAUGAAGACGAUCCUCUCAUCUCAAACGAUGGAUAUUCCGGAAGAGGUCACCGUCAAGGUCAAAGCUAAAAUUGUAGAGGUGGAGGGACCUCGUGGCAAGCUUACGCGCAAUUUCAAGCACCUUAACCUCGACUUUGAACUUGUUGAGGGGGGAAAGAAGCUCAAGGUGGACGCUUGGUUCGGAUCCCGGAAGGCGACGGCGGCGAUCCGCACGGCCAUCAGCCAUGUUCAGAAUCUGAUCACCGGUGUGACUAAGGGUUACCGGUAUAAGAUGCGCUUCGUGUAUGCUCACUUCCCUAUCAAUGCCAGCAUCACUAACUCCAGUUCUUCCAUUGAAAUUCGAAAUUUUCUUGGUGAGAAGAAGCUUUAA